AUGUCUUCAUUUAACGUUUCUCAAACCAACGGCGCGACUUCCCUCACUGAAAGUGAUGCUAGCUUCCCGUUACAGGACAACGAUUGGAACCUUCUCCACGGUGUUUACCUUGCGCAAUUCUGGGAGGAGGCUGUCAAUGACUACGAGCAAUGUCGAAAAACUGGCGAUCCAAACGCGCAAUCCAAUCUGACUGCAGCUGUCAUAAGGAAGAGAAAAAGUGAAAUUACUGAAGCCGAAACCGAAGCUGAAGCCGAAGCCGAAAAUAUCACAGAAUCCGAGUCAAAACACAGAGAGAAGAAACCCAAAGUCGAUAAUGAUUCUAUUGCCACGCCAACUCUCGCCGACGUAACAGCCAACCCAAUGGAUCCCGAGGGUAAUGCUUCUCCUUCGCGGGCUGACUAUGAUCAUAAUAAUGACGAUGAAGAAAAUGAGGAACAGGGGGAAGAGGAUGCGGAUGAAAAGGUGGCCACGGUUGCGGAUGAUCCAGAGGCAUGGGAAGACGAUGAAGAAACUGCAGCAGCUGAGCCAUCAGUUGAAUUUCUCCAAGAAACAGGUACUUCCUAUGCAACAUGUUAUGAUGAUACAGCCUAUUUUGGCGAUCAAUCAUUUCAUUAUCCGCGGCAUCCUGUUGCUGCGGAGACUCCGCUCAAUCUGUCUCCUUCUUCUUCUCAUUCUCUUUCACCCAUUCCUCCAGCCCAAUCAGCUACAGCAGGCACUUCCGGUUCUACUCAAUAUAAUCACCCACAGGAGUCUGCUUCGUACUAUCCACAGACCAACGCAGUAACCUCAGGUCAGUUUAGCAACGCCUUCGGGGAUCUUCUUGAGGAUGCUCUUUCCCAUUUGAUGAUGUCAUGGUAUUAUUGCGGAUAUUACACUGGACUCUACCAAGCAAACCGACAAUAA